UUGUAUGAAAGAGAGACACAGACACAGUGAAAAACAGAUUGUACACAGAGAAACGUGGGACUGUUCUCUGUUCACCAUGGAUUGUUCACCUGGAGUACUAAUCCUGUUUUCUCUUUUAUGUUCAGUGGCUGGUCAAGUUCCGGUUGUCUCUGUGGAGCCCCGGGCAGCUACUGUGCGCCAAGGGGAGUCUGUCAGCUUUAGGUGCCAAGUGGGGAGCGGUGCACAGCCAAUUCAACUGGAGUGGAAGAAAGCCAAUAACCAAGCAUUACCAGACAAUGUGAAGAUUGGUCCUGAUGGCUCUGUGCUGACGGUUGCUAAUGCCCGACCUGGAAACCAGGGCCAGUUCCGCUGCGUGGCAGCCAACUCUGCAGGCCGCAGCACUGCCACAGCUGUACUGAACGUCAAAUUUGCUCCCAAAGUGCAGCUGACACCAGCAGGGCCCCUGCAGGUCAGAAUAGGUGACCCGGUGUCAGUGGAGUGUAAAGCCACAGGCAGGCCACGGCCCAAGUUGACCUGGAAACGCCAAGGAUCCUCCCUGCAGCUGGUUACCCGGGAGACAAAUGAUGCCAACACAAUAGAGUGGCCUGCAGUGCACCCAGAGGACUCAGGAGUUUAUAUUUGCCAGGCUGAAAACAACGAGGGGGUGACAGAGGUCAAAAUUGACAUCAUUGUUGAGGGGGGGCUGGGAGCACCAGUGGCGUCAGUGAGCACUACAGAGAUGACAGUCGUGGAGGGACAUACAGUCACGAUGUCGUGUCGGGCUAGUGGUAAGAUGGUUUGUGUGCCUGUGUGUGUAAAUAUCUCUCAGUGUUGCUCUCAGUUCUCGUCUUUCACUUCAUCCUUUCUUUCUCAUCUUCAUUCCAGGUUCCCCCCUCCUGUCAUCACCUGGUCCAAGCUACGAGCACCGCUGCCAUGGAAACACACAGAGGAUGGUGGAGUUUUGACACUGACCAGCGUGGGGCGCCAAGAUUCAGGCCAAUACAUCUGUAAUGCAACCAACAUACAUGGCUACAGCGAGGCGUACACGCAGGUGGAGGUGGAGAGUCCUCCGUACGCCACCUGCCUGCCUGACCAGGUGAGGCUCCGGCAGGGAGAUGCCCUGGUCGUGCAGUGCCUUGCCCAUGGCUCUCAUCCCAUUCAGUUCGAGUGGAGCCGGGCAGGCAGGGCGAGAUUGCCUGCAGGAGCAGAGACCACAAAGGAUGGUAGGCUGCUCAUAGCCCACGUUAAACUGUCUGACAGCGGAACGUACAAGUGUGUGGCCACCAACCACAUCGGCUCCAGUGAGGCACUGGCCAAAGUCAUCGUAAAAGCUUAAUCCACUGUGGUCUCAACGUCUGAUUGACAAACCAUCUAUGCAGCGAUUACAACCUCUGCACACCUGGUUUGUAGCCGUGAGGACAGUGAAAUGGUUAAUACUGACAAAACAGAGAAAAUUAUAUUUAAUAGAUUCAUUUAUUUUGAUGUAUUAAAGUGAAAUAUAUAUGCUGUUUAAACUUUUUUAUUGUGCAGAUUGGGUUAAUUAUGUUUUUUUCUUAGAAAACCGAUACUGUUGCUAGUAUUGCUCCUAUCUCAUAUUUGCCUUUGGAGAGCUUUUCUCUGGAUCUGUGUGUGGACCAACAUCCUGCACUACAUGUGUAGGAGUUUCCCCUGCUGGAAUGUCUCUGCACAAUGUCCUCCUCCCUUUAUGUCAUCUGAUCUUGUCCACACUACACUGUCUAAACUGUUCUAAUAUAAAACCCUUUAUAAUGCCAUUAAUUAUUAAAACAAUAAAGACCAAAUAAAAUAAUGUAUUACACA